AACUGAUUGUAGCAUUCCGCAGGAGCGUAGGACAAACAUUGCUAUUAAGACUUCAAACAAACUUAACACACUGCUGGCGACUUUUGCAAACUCUAAAGCUCAAGAAAUCUGUCAAGAUGGUGCGGGAAUUAAAUAUGGAUACGCAGCGUCAAAACUUUUGGAAGGAAUCCAUCGACAAGGAAGCAUAUGUCCGCUUGAACUGGCAUUCAAGAUAUUCCAAAGAAUUUGCGCGCGACGUAGCCGCCAUGGCUGCGAAACCUCGAAAAGAAGGACUUAAAAUCAACGCUUUGCAGGGGUUGAAGCAAGAAAUGGAAGAGAAGGAAAAGGAGAAGAAGGAGAGUACUACUAAAAAACAGCUUGAGGAGAAGGCUAAGGCUGAUCCAAAGUCCCUUCUUGUUGAAAUGCGUCCGGUUUCAGGCAAGACACGGGAAUUGUUGUACGACGGUUUCAGCGCACUUGGAGGCGGUCGCUAUGCAUAUUUACAGAAGAGAAAACUUAAGGCUCCGGAGCAUAAAUACGAAUUCCCCAUCACAAGCUCUUGGGAGAUCGGUUGGAGAUUAAACGACUGUAUGAAGACCACAAACCCAUCGUGCGGUCGUACUCGAGUCAUCAAGGACACGUUUUACCGUCAAAAUGGAAUUCUGUACAAUGACUGAAAAGAAAUUAAGUUUUUGAUUAACACAUGUUUGCUCGGAGGUCUUUAUUAUCAAAUAACAUUUGUGACAGAGCUAAUACUUUGAUCUUUACCUUGGAUAAUGAAAAUACUUUUGUAAAACGCUCAGUGUGAUGAGUGAUGAUGUCAAUAACAAAAUUCUCUUCGGUCUUUGUCACACUAAAACGCUAGCGCUAAUUUAGUUAUUAGCAACCAUACUGUAAUUGACUUGAUUAUUGUCAACCAGGAAAUUUUUUGUAAAGGUGCGGGAUAUUUUUAGAGUUUGUAUAAUUUUUUUUCGUGGCGAGCUUUCUUUGAGCGAUUUAGAUCCUUGCCAACUUUUGUCAUGUUGAUGAAGGUUUUUUUUUUAGGAGCGAAUAAGUCACGUGCAGCACCAAGGAAUGUGAGUUUUUUUACUAAUAUUUGCUGUUUAAUAAAUCAAAGUUUUGCCCGUUUUGUACACAUAAUAA